CUCUGUCGAGCAACUGCUCCAGAGCUCUCUUGGGCAUUGCGCCCCACUGAAAUCACUUGGGCAAGCCAAAGCCCACUGUCUCUUUCGGGCCUCUUGUUAGCUUAGCCCGCUGGAACUUAGCUCCUAGCCACCGUGGUCGCCGCUUGCUUUCCCCGUUCCCUGCGGCCGUGUUCACCUUCCAACAUCCCUCACAUCCGUCGCUUGGAGAAGACUCCUAAGAAAUUCAUGCCAUCUACAAAGGAAACAGGGUGUAGUUUUCAUCAGGAUUUUUCCAGCAGUCACGAAAGGGUACUUACAUUACUCAGCCUACUCAGAAAUGGGAAGGACAAAUUUUUGCAUCUCUAACCAGAGACUCCUGGUACCUGUUUUAAAACAAUGCAGUCUUGCCUAGACACCCGGCUGGAUCAGGCAAAGGUGCAGAGGAAAGACUGCCUCAGCUUUUUAUUCCUAAAAGAUUCCUUUUAGCAAGAAAAUCUUGUCCACUAUUGGUGUUUGUCAUCCACUCCGUUUCUUCUGAGACCUGCCUUUAGGCUUCUUCAUCCCAAGUGAUGUUGAUUCUCUCCUGUCCUUCCAAACUGUGGAUGCUAGAGGAGAUGCUGAGGAAGUGCCUCCCUCAAGCACUUGUGGUCCAUGGUACAGUAAUGAACAUAAACCGUGGAAAUCCAGCAGGGUAUGAGGUAAUCGUGGAUUCAUGGCCAAAAUUCAAAGCUGUCCUCACCCGACCACGCAGAGAGGUUGCCUUAGAUAACUCAGAUUUGUAUGCCAAUGUGUAUACAGCAUUUUACCAUGAUUUUGAUGUGUAUCGGUCAGUGAUACUAGACACAGAUGUUAUCAACUGGGCUCAAACUUUCCGUAUCCAAGGGAACCAAGAUGGAGUAUAUCAAGUUUCCCAAAAUGCUGCUGCCAUCAAGAAGGUGCAAUUGUCAGCAACGUUCUACAUUACCUAUCUUCAUCCCAAUCCAAAUAAAUUAGCAGUACACCAGCUAGAUCCUGGCUUCACACUUUCCACCCUGAAUGCCUCCCAUGUUCAAUUGCUGAAUGAAACCUGGCCGUAUGGGGGCAAUGAACAAAGCCGUAGGUUCCUGGCCAACAUGGUUCAGUAUUUCUUCAGUGCCUGCAUCCUGGAUCCUGAUGGUCAACCCAUCAGUUGGAGUGUAAUGGAUCCACUUGGGGCAAUGGGACAUGGCUACACUCUGCCUGCACACCGUAGAAAACACUAUUUAGCUGUGGCAGGAAGGUCACUGGCCAUGAAAGCCCAUGCAGCUGGUUACCCAAUAUACGGACAUGUUGCCCUAGAUAACUUCCACAUGCAGGGGAUAAAUGAACGUCGAGGUUACCAGAAAUUAUCUGAGUUGUGUCAUAUCUGUUCAAUACAUCCUGAAAUAUAGGAUAGAAAGAAUGAGAGAGGGCUCCUUCAUAGGUCUGCCUGGCCCAACUGUUACCCAGCCUGCCAUCACUCUGCAGGGGAGAGAGACUUUCACGUUGCGAUCUAAUCCCAUCAGCAUUCCCCAAAAACUGUAUGGACACUUUUAUUGAUUUCAAAAACAAUGUAUCUAAAGUCUUCUCUUCAUCUGAUCAGAUUGUACUCCAAUAAUUAAUAAAAAUCAGUUUUUAAAAAACAUCGGACCACAU